AAUAGAAAGCAUCAGUUCAAGCGCUCGAAUUUCAUUAGUCCGGUCGCUUGAAUUCAUCAGUUCAUGUAGGGUAACAGAAUAAUAUUCUGUUACGCGUAACAGAAUAGCCCAGAUGUAUGUAUGUAUGUAUAUAUAUAUAGAGAGAGAAUAACACUAUUCUGAUCCCAGGAUCAGAAUAGCUAUUCUGAUCACAAUGCGCUAUAUAGGGGCGAUCGGCUGUUCCCGAACUCCCAAACACGCAAAAAGACCGGCCCGUUACACUCCUCCGAACGGCCCACCCCCACUCCACGAACUUCCCCCAUGGCUUUCAACGCCCUCUCGCACGAGGAACCCGCACCGCCGCCGUCGUCCACCCACCAGGAACCCGCGCCGCCGCCGCCGUCCCCCACCAGGGACCUGCGCCGCCGCCGCCGUCCCCCACCAGGGACCUGCGCCGCCGCCGCCGUCCCCCACCAGGGACCUGCGCCGCGCCGCCGCCGUCCCCCACCAGGGACCCGCGCCGCCGCCGCCGUCCCCCACCAGGGACCCGCGCCGCCGCCGCCGUCCCCCACCAGGGACCCGCGCCGCCGCCGCUGUCCACCCACCAGGAAGCCGCGCCGCCGUCGCCGUCCACCCACCAAGAAGCCGCGCCGCCGCCGCCGGCCCCCACCAGGAAGCUGUGCUGCUGUAGCGGCCACCACAUCCACACGCCGGCGCGACCACCCAGCACCACAUUUGUCAGCUCUGUCGCCACCUCCCUCUGGAUCGGGUCUUCCCCGUCGAUCCACUGAGCUGCAGGCUUCCCCCGACCGCUGCCACUGUUUGGCGUCGUCCUCGCCAACCGCCUCCUCGUCGCUCAUCGUCACAGGCUCGUCGGCACCGACCUCGGGCGGCCACCAGUCACCCAAUGCCCGGGCAUCCCACUCCUCUGCCCAGCGCGCCCGAUUCGUCCCCACGCAGGCGUUCCACGAUGCCAUCAGCACAAAAAGUCAACCCGGCGCAGGCGUGUGUAUAGAGCACCAACAUGAGUUCUCUCCCAAUUCCUCUUUGGCCAUGCUCCAUUUUUUGUAGAUGCAACAAGCACUGCCCUCUCUAUCACUCUCUCAGGUGGCAGGUAGAGGAAACAAACCUCUGAACAACCUUGUCGUCGGCGUCAUUUUGGAAAUUCAGACCAAAGCUGAAUAUUUUCUUGAAGAUUUCACCUUCGAUUAGUGCUUCUCUGUGUGUGUAACUAUUGGCAGUAGAUUUUUUUUUUACAUAGAACGCAAAAAAAAGGUUCGAAAAUAUCAAUGAUAGAAAUUCAUGUACAUGAAGAUUGAUGCUUCGCAUGUUGUGUGUAUAUACGAGAGCACACA